UCGUCCUUCUCUUCGUUAAACUAGACAUACCCAAUUCCAGCAACCGUUCCUUAUAUGUUUUAGCCUCCAGACAAAAAUAUCUUUCUUUGCAAGAUAUUUUUUUCCCUGUUAGGAAAAUGGUUAUAUUCUCAGCUGUGGUGCAGGACGGUCAGUUUCGGGACAAAGUCCAAACCUUACCCCCUCAAACUCUUAACCCACCCAGUUCCUCUCCCAACGAUCACCCCUUUGGCGUCCCAGGAUUAAAAGCCGGGGGCGCCCGGGGGCGCCCUCUUGCAAGAGCCUCCUGUUUGCCCAGCUCAGCAGGAAGCAGCCCUCAGGAUGGCGGAGGAGCCGAGCGGAGUUGGGCGAGAAGAGUCCCAGGAGGGAGAACGGCUCCGUUCCCUGCAGUCCCCAAAAUCUGGCGGAAACCCGUCCGGGGAGGGAGGCGCGUCUGCCCGGCUGCAGCUGCGCGGCUGGCCUGGGAAGGCGGAGCGCGGAUCCUCGUCCUGCGCGCCUCUCUUUUGGGGAUCGCGGGCUCGGUCCUCAAGGGCCGGCGCGGGGGAAACUCCGCCCUGGCAAGGAUCCGACCUGCCCCUGGGAUUCAUCCUUGCCCCUUGAUGAGAGGCUUCCAAAAGGGCCAGGACUUCUGAAGAAGCGUCUUUGGGGGGGGAAAACAACCCCUCUGGAAUACAAGGUGGAGAGGUGGUGAUGUGAAGAUAGAGGGUUCUAGCCAAGCGAUGGCAACACCUUUUCUAACAGUCAAAAAGGAAGAUGUGGAAAAGAUGAGUGAAAAGGAAAGGCUUGGGGGAAAGGAGGAGCUGGAGAAAUACUCUAGUUUCCAGUGUGCAGAUAUCGGCUCUUUCUUGCACAGUGAUGAUCCCCAAGAAAAAGGAGCAUGUCCAGGGUGCGGAAAAAUACCCAGAGAUGAAUUGGGAUUAUGUGAUUGUGUAGAGAAACAAAGUGAAAGUAGGGAAUGUUCCAGAAGGACCCUUCCUCUUAUUUUUCAUCAGAAAAUACAAGAGGGAGAGAACCUGUACAAAUGCACGGAGUAUGCGGAAAACUUCAGUACAAGCCAGUCCCUCACAUCCCAUAAAAACAUUCCCAAAACAGGGGAUCCAUACAAAUGCCUGGAAUUUGGAGAAAACAUCAGUCAGAAAAGUCACCUGAAUUCCCAUCAGAGCAUCCACAAAGGGAGGAAGCGGCAUCAAUGCAUCACCUGCGGAAAGAGCUUCAGAAUGAGCAGCUCUCUAACUUCCCAUCAAUGCAUCCACAGCAAGGAAAAGUUGUAUCAAUUCAGGGAGAAUAGAACGAAGCUUACCCAGUGCCAGGAACUGAAUUCCUGGAAAAAAAGCCCCACUAAGAAUGAUUCAUGUAAAUGCCUGGAAUGUGGGAAGAGCUUCCGUUCUGCAAGGAAUCUCACUUACCAUAAUAGGAUCCAUACAGGGGAAAAGCCGUAUCAUUGCACAGUGUGUGGAAAGAGCUUCACCCAAAAUGGCAAUUUAAAUUUACAUAAAAGGAUCCAUACCGGAGAGAAGCCGUAUAAAUGCACAGAGUGUGGAAAGUGCUUCAAGACCCCCGGUGCCCUUACUUCUCAUAAGACAAUUCACACGGGGGAGAAACCCUAUGAAUGCCAGGAGUGUGGGAAAAGCUUUGCCAGAAGCGGUACUCUAACCUUACAUAACAGGAUCCAUAAAGGGGAGAAACCUUAUAAAUGCCUGCACUGUGGAAACAGCUUUAGUCAAAAAGUGCAUCUUCAGUCACACGAGAGGAUCCAUACGGGGGAAAAACCAUUUCAAUGCAUGGAGUGUGGAAAGAGCUUCCGUGCCUCAGAAAACCUUACUGCCCAUCGCAGAAGCCACACGGGGGAAAAGCCCUUUCAAUGCCUGCAAUGUGGAAAGCGCUUUGCCAGUUCUGGUGGCUUUUAUGCCCACGAACGGAUCCACACAGGGGAGAAACCGUACAAAUGCCUGGAGUGUGGAAAGAGCUUCCGCAAAUCCAGCCACCUAACUUCCCAUAACAAUAUCCACACUGGAGAGAAACCAUAUCAAUGUUCCGAAUGUGGAAAGUGCUUCAAUCAAACAAGUAACCUUAAUAUCCAUAAAAGGAUCCACACAGGGGAAAAGCCUUAUAAGUGCACCGAAUGUGAUAAAUGCUUCAUUGACUCGGGAGCCCUCAUUUGCCACAAAAGGACCCACACUGGAGAGAAACCAUACGAAUGCAAGGAAUGUGGAAAAGGCUUCGGUCAAAAAAGAACUUUUAUAAUACAUUACAGAAUCCACACAGGGGAGAAACCAUACAAAUGCACGGUAUGUGGAAAGAGCUUCAGUGAUCCUCAAGAAAUUGUUUCCCAUGAAAGGAUCCACACUGGGGAAAAACCCUAUAAGUGUGUGGUGUGUGGAAGGGGCUUUAGGACCUCCCGUGACCGUGGUUCCCACAAGCGGACCCACACAGGUGAAAAGCCAUACCAAUGUGGGGAGUGUGGAAAAUGCUUUAGUCAAAAUACUUCCCUUCAUAUGCAUAGAAGAAUUCACUCAGGAGAGAAACCAUAUAAGUGUAUGGAGUGUGGAAAAUGCUAUAGUAGUAGUGGUGCCUUUAAUUACCAUAGGAGGACACAUACUGGUGAGAAACCAGAUAAAAGAGUUGAACGUAGAAAAGUAAUUAGUUAGAAUCAGUCACAUAACAUCCACAGAAAAAUUUACUCACCAAAGAAGCCAUUAAAUGAAUCAAGCGUGAGAAGAGAUUUUUUUUUUAAAAAAAACUUAUUUUUCUUGUUAAAGGAUUUGCUCAUUGGAGAAACUACUAUAAAUAUCUCAAGGUGAUAAAAUGCUUCGGUGCCUCUUGUUUAGUUAUUCCCAUAAAUUGAUUUAGCUGGAAGAAACCGUAGAAAUACACUGAAUGUGGAAAGUGUUUCUGAAGCACCAGAAACCUUACUUUCCAUACGUCUAUGGAGAUUCUCAGUCAUCCAGAUCAUGGUUGUCCCCAAAGGUGCUUUUUCAGGAGGCAACUGGACUUUCUUGUUUUUCUUCGAAGACGUUUCGCUUCUCAUCCAAGAA